AUGAUGAAGAUAUUCAGUAGCCAUUUUCCGAGCAAAAAACUUUCAAUACUGUGGGUGAAGAUUGCAGUGUGCUUUCUGUUAUCGGGUCUUGCUUAUCGCUUCUUCUCUUCAACCUUUUUUCAAUUGUCACCUCCUGAGCUGGUUUAUUGUCACCUGUCUGCUCCCUCAGAAAGCUGUAAUUUAUUCUUAGGAGAAUGGGUUCCUGAUUUUAGUGGUCCGGCCUACACCAACGCCACUUGCCGCACGAUCGAACCUCCCCAAAAUUGCUUAAAAAAUGGACGGCCGGAUUCCGAUUACGCGGAAGAAGCUGUGGAAGUUUACCAUGACGAGGCAUACAAGAACCGUAAGUGGACCUUCCCUUCCCACAACUUCACCGUCUCAGUCGUGUGGGCCCCUUUCCUCACAAAGGCAUCCACCUUCGAGGACGACAACGGCAUAUCGUCAGGCCCAACCCACCUCUUCCUCGACGAGCCCAACCCAAUAUGGGCCAACCAAUACAACAAAUUCCACUACAUAGUAAUCGGAGCCGGAAAAUGGUUCCUAAAAUCCGCAAUAUACCACGACCAAAACACAGUGGUCGGCUGCCACAACUGCCACCACAAAAACACGCCAGAGCUGGUCUUUUACUACGAGUACCGUAAAGCCCUCAACACCACCCUACAAUUCAUGGGCCAGUCGCGGCAUAGGGUUGGGGAAGUUGAGGUUAAUGGAGUGGACGGGAGAAUGAGGGCAUUGGAGAUUGAUGAGUUUGAUGGGGCGAGUGGGAAGUUGUGGGGAUUGGAGCUUUUGGACACGACUUUGAUGUCGGUUUUGAGGCCAGACGGGCAUCCUGGGAUUUACCGGAGGUUUCACCCAUAUGAGGAGAAGAAGGGUAAUAAAGGUGGGAGGAUUCAGAAUGACUGCUUGCACUGGUGCUUGCCUGGACCUAUAGAUGCUUGGAAUGAUUUGAUCAUGGCAAUGCUUGUUUUCGGUGUA